GUUGUUUUUUAUAAUUGACCAAAACGACCUGAACAUUAUUGUGACACACGAUGUGCUGCUUUUAAAGUGUGUGACUGUGUAAAUCCAGUCCACCUCCUCCUUCUUGUAUGUGCAUGGUGUGUCCUUGUGUUGAAAUAUGUGGCCGGUGUAAACGCUCUCCAGGAUUACACCCGGCGCAUUUUAAUGGGUUGCAGGGUGACACGAGCAGCGCGCGCAGCCUCAUUCCCCAGUGAUACCGCGCGCGCAAACACUGCUUUCCAUCUUUCGCUAUUUAUUUAUUUCUUCUGACAAAUCUAACAAAUCUUACUCACUGAUCACACCGAGAGAGAAAAAGGGCAAAACAAAAACAAAGCAAAACACGAUGUGGAUUUUUUUCUUCCAACCCAGCCAUCUAAGCGUAAGCCUUGGUACUAUUUUCCGGUCUUGAUUUCCUUUCUUUUUCUUUUUUUUUCUUUCUCUCUCCAUGUCGGCUCGUGGAGGCGUUCUUCAAGCUGAAGUGUGUCAUCGUGUGUCGGCCGCCGUUUCUCCCCGAACAUGCUGGGCUCCUCAACACACACAUAACGCACCGAGGAGGAUCGGCGUGGCUCCGCGUCUCCAGCAGGACGCAAACCUGGACUAUUUGACGCUUCUUUUUUCUGAUCGAGUACACAAGACUCUUUCCCCCCUUUGCAAGGGAUUGCUUUCUUCUACUUCAUAAAAGGGGGAAACCAUAGACUACUACACGCUCUGACGUCCGCAUCACAGAUUUUUAAUGUGCAUAUUGUUUUUCUUUUCUCCAGCAGUCGCUUUCGCCCUCGGAGAAACGAACCUCAUCCGUCCAACAGCCAUUACGCGGGGAUGCUGGUUUAGAUUUUCGUCAGUUUUUUUUGUUUAUUUGUUUGUUUGUUUGUUUUAAAUCUACCGACCCCUCUAAAAAUCUCCAACAUCUUUUAGUGCUGUAGGAGGACAAGACAACAUCCUUAACACACAUCACAGUGUGGAGCACAUCACCGGAACCAUGGCUCGUCCGCAGAUUCGGACCUGGAUUUAAACCAUCUGAGUGACAAGAAGACGCCACUUUUCUUUUCUUUCUUUUUUUUCUUUUUUUUUCUUUUUAUUUCUCGGUUUUGGUUGGCGUAGGAAGACCUUUUUCGUUACUUCUGAAUUAUAGUGAAAUGUAAUCAUGAUGUGUGAUGUGCUGUUGGUCGAGAGGCUCUGUGACCUGUACGGAUUUCCAUAACCGGGAAAACACCUUGGGACCAAUUACGAGCUUUUUAAAUACCCCACUUCUCUGCUCUUUUUUUUUGUUGCAGAGCAAUCACAUGCAUGUGAUCCAGUGGGUCUGAUUUGAGCGAUUGAUUUGGCCCUUUUUAUCCCCCUUUUCGUUCCUUGUGUUGGAUUUUUCUCUUAUCUGUUAUCGUUUUGGACCACAGGAGGUUGGAUUACUGAAGGUGUACAUAUAUAUAAACGGAUUUGUGGAAAUGUUGGGUCCUCACCAAGAAAAAAUAUGUGGAAUUGUCUCUGCUCUGACAGUGUUGUCGUCUGUCUGCUUUGUACAAUGCAAUUCUGCUGGAUCUGGAAUAUCUGUGGCCAAAGCGACAGUGGACAAACUGUUGAGGGGUUAUGACAUCCGUCUCCGGCCGGAUUUUGGAGGUCCCCCAGUCAUUGUGGGAAUGAGCAUAAAUAUCGCCAGCAUUGACUCCAUCUCAGAAGUCAACAUGGACUACACCAUCACUAUGUAUUUCCAGCAGAGCUGGAGGGACAAACGGCUGGCGUACGCAGAGAUGGCACUCAAUCUGACCCUCGACAACCGUGUGGCCGAUCAGCUCUGGCUACCUGACACCUACUUCCUGAAUGACAAGAAGUCCUUCCUGCACGGGGUGACGGUGAAGAACCGCAUGAUCCGGCUCCACCCUGACGGCACGGUGCUGUACGGCCUGAGAAUAACCACAACGGCUGCAUGCAUGAUGGACCUGAGGAGAUACCCCCUGGAUGAACAGAACUGUACCCUGGAGAUUGAGAGCUACGGAUACACCACAGACGACAUCGUGUUCUUCUGGCAAGGAGGCGACAAUGCUGUGACCGGAGUGGACAAACUGGAGCUGCCUCAAUUCUCCAUCAUGGAGCUGCAUCUUGUGUCCAGAGAAGUGAGGUUCACAACAGGCUCGUAUCCCAGGCUGUCACUGAGUUUUCGCAUCAAAAGGAAUAUAGGCUACUUCAUCCUGCAGACCUACAUGCCCUCGAUCCUGAUCACCAUCCUUUCCUGGGUGUCCUUUUGGAUCAACUAUGAUGCCUCUGCUGCUCGGGUGGCACUCGGGGUCACUACGGUACUCACUAUGACAACCAUUAACACCCAUCUACGGGAGACCCUCCCGAAGAUCCCCUACGUGAAAGCCAUCGAUGUCUACCUCAUGGGCUGCUUUGUUUUCGUGUUCCUGGCCCUUCUCGAAUAUGCCUUCGUCAACUACGUGUUUUUCGGACGAGGACCCCAGCAGCAGAAGAAAAUCAACGAGCGCCUCAACAAAGCUAACAACGAACGCCCACGCUACGAGGAUAAACGCCUGCGAGAACAGGACUCCAUUUCAGCGCCGUUUCAAAGCAACACCCUCAGGUCAUACACACAGCGAAGAAAUCUGUAUCUCGAAGAACAAAGAAAAGUUGGGGUGGACGCUUACGGCAACAUCCUGCUCACCACCCUGGAGAUGAACAAUGAGGUGAUGCCGUCAGACGUGGGCAGCAGCGUAAGUGACUCGCGCAACUCUGUCAUGUCGUUUGACAGCUCGGGCGUGCAGUUUCGUAAGCCUGUCGGUUCCUCUCGCGACGGCUUCGGCCAUCACUCGCUGGAGCGCGGCGCCAUGCGCAGCCGUGCCAACUGCCGCCUGCGGAGGCGCUCGUCCAAGCUCAAGCUCAAAAUCCCCAACCUGACGGAUGUAAGCACCAUUGACAAGUGGUCACGCGUGAUUUUCCCCAUCACGUUCGGAUUCUUCAACCUUAUCUACUGGUUGUACUACGUGAAUUGACACACGUCCUCCCAGGAAACAUGGGCCAUAUUUUGAGAGCACACACUGAAUUGGCUUUGAUACAAUUGGAAAAUAUGUAUACACAUAUAGGAAAAGUUCAUACAUAUGUAUAUGCAUAUUUCUAUAUCUUAUAUUUCUAUACACACGAUGCGGAAAGAACUUUUCUGAUGUAAAAAAAAAAAAAAAUUAUAUAGAUUGACUUGAAUGUUUAAGAAUCAUGUGAGACAAACAUUUCUUUUACUUCUGAAACUAACGAACGUUCGAACAAGAAAAAAAAAAAAAUCCUUCCAAGGGUUUGGAACUAAGGACUGCAUGAUAUUUUUGCUAAAAGAAAGAUUGCGAGAUAUAGAGAAAAGGAUACGCAGAGCAUCCUCAUUCGGCUUUUUAUCGAUACACACUGCAAUCAGCCUUUUUCCCCCCGACUGCAGCUCAUGAAAUCAGUCAUGGCUCGUAUGCUUUUGGACACAGACCAGGCAGAACGCGUUCCCUCCGUCCUCGACCUUUCCGUCCUCCUCGGUGUGCCUCCUGUCCUUUCCUCCUGUCUCUCGUUGAAGGGACUCUCAAUUUUGUCCCUAUAUUCAAUGCUGUACAGCAGACCUCCCUCCUCCCUUGGAUUAUCCGCUGUUUCCUUGAUUUUUUUUUUUUUUUUUGUUUAUUUGUUUUUCAUGAGAGACCUUUUUCUCUUUCCUAGAUCUACUGUAAAGCUCUGGUCAGUGGUUUACACUGGACGGCCAUCCCGCAUAUUAAAAACAAACAAACAAACAAACAAACAAACAAACAAACACAAUCCCCGCCCAGAGUUUCGUUAUUUUUUUCUCUUGAACCCAUUUACGUGAGCCUUGAGAAUUUCUUGCAUUUUGGUUGUAAGGAUUCUUACUACUCUGGUUGCUAUUAUUUUGUCUUUUGGGAAAAUCAAUCCAUUCUGGGGAGAGCAGUUAAUUAAGCAUAGAGUUCUAGAGUUAGCGCAUCGCUAGAUAACGAGCCACCUAUACGCAUCGUCGGUUUUUGUUUAUUCGUUCGGUUUUGUUUGGAGAAAAAGGAUAAACGGCAUCAAGUGUACAUUUACUCGAUAUCCUCCAUCGAACAUGGUUAGGUAGUAGACUGUACUCUUGCUUUUCUUCUUGUUCCUAGUGAUAUUCAUCUGUUUUGUAGAUAAAGUACUCAUCCUUAUAUCAUCAUCCUCCACUUUGUGUCGUGUGAGGACGUAAAAAAAAAAGGGACCGUGGUGAGCUGUUUGUCUGAGCUUGGUUUGGUUUUGAAGUUAGUCCAUCAACUAUAUGAAGUUGUAUUAAAAAAAAAAAAAAAGAAAACUGUGUACUGUAUACAAACAGAAGGAGGUGGUCAUUGUUUUCAAAUCUGCUAAAUAUUUAAGUGAUCAGCCCAUCGUGUGACCUGAUAUUGUUCGUGAUAACUCGCUCAUCUUUAAUGGCCCAUUCUCUGAGAACAAGUCAUUAUCUUGUUGGGUUUCUUUUUUGUUGUUUGUUGGGUUUCUUUUUUGUUUGUUUUUUUUCUCGUUUCUUUGUUUUUCUUGGGUUUUUUUUUUUCUCAGUUCCUCUAAAAUGUGCCUGUCUGCAACCUGAAGUAGGUGUCCUCAAUCGAUCACUGAAGUAAAAGAGGGCUAAACGGCGCUCAGUCUUUGACCUGCAGACCCACCCACAGCCCUGAUGUUACACAUCUUAGGAUUCAAUCCCAAAGACUGAUGACAUCAGCAUGAUCAGGAAAAAAAAAAGAGCUUCUGAGUCUUAAUGGGGCAAAAUAAGAUGUAUGAUAAAAGCCAUGAACUGACGUGACAACCAAAAAGGCCUAUAAACCCAUCCUUAUGUCAUUCUUAUGAAUUUCAGUGUAAUGUCAUCAUGUCAUGCAGUGAACCUCAUGUACUUCACCAUAACCACAGACACCAGAUCUUACCAGAUCCAUCCAGCACCUCUCUUUCUCUCUCUCUCUCUCUCUCUCUCUCUCUCUCUCUCUCUCUCUCUCUCUCUCUCUCUCUCUCUGUGUUCCAUAUGCUCAGCAGGGUUGGGGUCAGUCCUUCAGGGGUUCGUGGUGGAUGCAGUUUGCAAAGGGGUUUGUCUUUGAUCACACAUUAGAGCCAGUGGAGCUCGAGAGCCCUGAAAUCUUUUGCGGUCCAGAGGUGGAGGACGUACUGAGCGGGUCUCAGUUCUCAGAGCCGAGUAGAUUCCCUCGGCUCUCGGCUCACUCUCACCGCACGCCAUCCACCGCCAUUCCAUACGACCACAAAUACCAGACAGAGAGAGACAGAGAGAGAGAGAGACGCUACGCUAUCAUUACACUGUUAGCGCCGUAUAGCUGACUGAAACGUGGUAAAAAGAGGUGGAAGAUGUUCAUCACUGACAUCAGGCUGCUGACUAACGAGCAGGUUGCAAAAUACCUUUAUAUCAAGUGUAGCAAUGUUGCGUGUGUCGUUUAUUCCACGAACCAGCACCAGAUGUGUGAAUGAAAUCAGAUGAGGUUCCUGCAAUCUAACGUUUAGAUGUGAAAGCGAUCGCACCAGAGCGAAGGACGUCGGGAUCGUUUGGGUUUUAAUUGUAUAGCAUCAUCACACACAUGUAGAAGGAACCCGGUCAGCGUGGUUAGUCUAGUGCAGCCUGUUUAACGUCACGUAGCUCGAGGACGGCGAGAAAAGUAAAGAAAAAAGCCAAUCGAUCCAAAAAAAACGAAUAUUGCUUGAACAAUUGAAUGCUGAAUCAUUUCAUUUUAUUGCCUCUUCUUGCAUUUCCUGACAAAUCUACGGAUUAUUUAAACACGCUACGGAUUUAAACGAUUGACAUUUUAAUCGACACGAAAGCAAACGGCCUGUUUUUCUAGAUGUCGUAAUUUGUUAGUAAAGAAGUUUAAACCUAAAGACUAAAAUUCAUUGAGCCAUCAGGAAGAGAAGUUUAUAAGUUUAGAGAAGUGAUGCUGUUAUUUGCCAAAGCGAAGGCCCUCGGUCUGUGGUUUAUAGAUUAGAUUCAUAAUUAAUAAUCUGAUCAAUUAUUACUAACUAGCUAACUAACUAUUAUCCCUAUAGGUAGAUGUGCGGUUUCCCUGCGUGCUGCUAAACUCGGUCAAACCGUCGGGUAUGUUAUUAGUCAGGACGCUCAGCCCAUUCUUAUACCGAACGUGAGUCUUGGCUCAGCCGAGUCCUUCGUCGCGUCAUGUCUACGUUAUUACUCUGAUGGUCAGGGCGCACUUGUAGCACCAGCAGCACCCGAAUAAUUUAUCUUCGAUCUGUCGGGAACAGUGGAACAGAGAUUUUUUUUGUGGGUGCCGUCGGCUCCCUGCGAGAUUUGCCUUAAUCGGAAAGCAUUCGUACACACGGACUUAGAUCACAGCAAUAGAAUGCGAACGCCACACAGCGAGUCGAUUUCAAGCCUUAACGGUCAUAACAACCUAAUUAUAUUCACACUCAGUUGUAGAUGAAUUCAAGAAAAAACAUUCGGUUAGAUUCGAUUAUAAUAAUCUGCUUUAUUCCUGUUAUGGACCUGUCACGUAUCUAAUAUAGGCGGCGUAUGUAGGACAUUGUGAUAACGAGCAGGAUCCAGUUUCCUGUUGGAGAUCCCAGAGCACCACCGCUGCUAAGCCACCAUGAUGAGCCACGUGAUAUCGAUAGAUUUGCAGGCCGUUUAAAAAAAAAAAAAAGUGAUAGUCAGCGAAAGGGUGGUGAAAAAAAACAGGAGUAUUUUUCAUUGCUAAGUCUUUAUUUCAUCUUUUAUUAGCAUCACGUGUUAAAGUGUUCGGAUGGAAACGACCGACACGCUGGUUUGCUCUGGUGAACUGGCCGAAAUACUGAAAUACUUAAACAUAUGUAGCAACAUGGGGAGGGUGGGGUGUGGUGUUUUGGUGUUUUUGUGACACUUCUUGCUAACACUGUAAUCAUUUUUAGUUUGCUUUUGCUUUAAACGAUAAAUGUAGUUUAUUUAAAACAGAAAAAAAAAGCUUCAAGCUUUAGUUUAAACAAACAGUCACAUGGGCGCGAUUUUUAAAUAAUUAUUUUUUUUAAAUAUAUUUCCACUCUCGUAGCAUCUUUGUCACGUGCACGCUUAUCUUAAAGUGUGGAAUAAAGAGGACAGAUAUAACAGAGAGAUAAGAGAUAAUUGAGAUAACAGAGAGAUAAUUGAGAGAUAACUGAGAUAGAACAGAGAUAACUGAGAGAUAACUGAGAGAUAACUGAGAUAACU